AUGGCUGGCCGCGCUAAAGAGGAAGAGCACGAGGGCGCCUCAACAAGCGAACUCCUAAUCGAAGCCUGCCGGCGCAACAACACCGACCUCCUAACCGAACUCCUCACAACCCUCCACACCGACGAAGCCAUCGCCACCGCCCUCAACACCACCACCACCGUCCUCGGCAACCACCUUUACCACGAAGCGGCCGCCCAAGGCAACUACGAGAUCAUCGACAUGCUCCUGGACCAGCCCGGUUUCGAAUGCGACCCGAUCAACCGCACCGACGGCGACACGCCCCUGCACACCGCGAUCCGCUGGAUCAACAGCGAGCCGCCGGCACAGCGGGAGUUUGGGAACGCCCUGGUUGAGAUGAUGCUUGAGGCUGGGUCGAGCACGCGUACGCGUAACAAGGGGGGGCUGACGCCGCUGCAGUUGGUGGACCCGCGGAAUGAGGGGUUGAAGGAGGUGAUUCGGAAGCAUGAGUAUGCGGCGCUGAAUGCGGGGGACUUUGUUAGUGCGGAUGAGGUUAAGGGGGUGAAGAGUCAGAAUCAGCCGCAGCAGCAACAGCAGCCGGAGGCUGGGGAUGAGGAGGAUGAGGAUGCGGAGUUUAGCGGGAGUGAUGAGGAGGAGAGGGCGGAGUGGGAGAGGCGGAGGAAGGCCAAGAGGGGGUAG